AUGUUGCACGGACACUCCAAACUGCUGGAGUGUCGGAGUAUCGGACACGCUGAUAUAGCUCUGACGCGCCCCGACAAGCAUUGGACACGGUCAACGGUUGGGACAUGGUCAAGACACGGCUCCGACACGGUCAAGACACAGCUCCGACACGGUCAAGACACAGCAGGGACCAGGCUAAAAGUGGAAAAAGACUUUUUUAAACCUAAAUAUCACUUUUUCUGCUGCCAAAGUUCAUUUGCUCCGUCACAGCUCUUCUCCUCCCCUUCUCUUGGUUUUGCACAAGGGUAUAGCCUUCGGGGUAGGCAAGUAUCAGUGGGAGCUGCCUUCGGGGUAGGCAAGUCCACAGUUUCUCAGGUGACUUGGAGAUUCAUUGAAGCAUUAGAAGAACGUGACAAGCACCAUCUCAAGUUGCCUGAUUCCAACAGAAUGGAAGAAAUAAAGUCCAAACUUGAAGAAGCCUCUGGAUUGCCCAAUUGUUGUGGAGCCAUAGAUGGUACACACAUCAUUAUGACCCUUCCUACCGUUCAAACAUCAGACGAUUGUUGUGACCUGGAGGACAACUACAACAUGCUCUUUCUGCAGGGAAUUGUUGACCAUGAGAUGAGGUUUGUUGACAUUGUAACUGGUUGGCCUGGGGGAAUGACGGUGUUUAGAUUUUAA